AUGAAAAGACUGCACAAUCACAAUGUAACACCACCACCGCCAGAGAGCCACCAUGAAGAAGAAGAGUACUCUGAGGACAGAGACCUCCAGCUUGGAAUCAUUGCCUCUCUCUCGGUCCCAACACCCAAUAGGUCUAAAAAAAGGAUCAUCAACCUCUCUCACGAAAACCCAAUUAACGACAAGGAUGAUGCUAAGGUCAUUGCUUCACAGAAGGCCUCUCGGAAGAGAAGAAAAAAGAAAUUAAGGGUCAACGAAACAGGGGAGUCUUCUAAUUCUAAUUCUCAUACUCUAACCUUUGUGUGUGAAAUAUGUGUUGAAACAAAGCCAUACAACGAGUCUUUUCGCAUAAUCGGUUGCUCACAUUCUUACUGUUCUGACUGCAUCAUCAAAUAUGUGGCUUCAAAGCUACAAGACAACAUUACACAGAUUCGAUGCCCUGUUUCGCGGUGUGGAGGGUUCUUGGAGCCAGAGCAUUGUCGCCCCAUUUUGCCGGCGGAGGUGUUUGAUAGGUGGGGGAGUGCCCUCUGCGAUGCGGCGAUUCCGGGGUCGGAGAAAUUUUACUGCCCUUUCAGGGAUUGCUCUGCUCUUUUGAUUGAUGAUGACCGAGAAGAUGGAGAGGUUAUUACCCAAUCAGAGUGUCCCAAUUGCAACAGGUUGUUUUGUGCAGAGUGUAAAGUGGCUUGGCAUUCGGGGAUUGAAUGCGCGGAUUUUAAGGAAGAUGAGAGAGAGGAGGAGGAGGAGGAGGAGGAUAUUAAGUUGAUGAAGCUUGUUAAGAAGAAGAAGUGGAUUAGGUGUCCCAAAUGCAGAUUCUAUAUUGGGAGAUCUGAAGGCUGUCGCUUUAUGCAGUGCAGAUGUGGACACACUUUCUGUUACGAGUGCGGAGGGUAUAGGAAAACAGAGUUCGCCUCUCAUUGGUGUAAGCGCUGA